AGUAAUGCUGCCCAAAAAAGUCUGCCUGCAACGUCUCACAACCCCUCCAACACAAACGCUAGCGACUACGCCCUCAAGGGAAUGGAGAGAAUGAAUAUUGGCAAUGACUAGAUAAUGAAUGCAGUAUUAUCAGGACUUAUAAUGAGAUGUAAGGUAGCUUCCAAGGUGAAGUGAGAGUUUUGAGGCGACGAGAGUGAGGUUGGUCAUGGUGAACAAGUUCGAGGCCGGGGUGAAAUACCACCUCAGAGUAAGUCUUUGAAAAUGGCCGGUGACAGUGAACCAAAUGAGAAUCAUGUUACAUCCGUUGACAAUAGUGAAUCUCUGGAAAACAAGAGUGAGGUAUCGAUUGAUGCAUUGGCAAGGAAGGUGCAAGAAUCUUUGUCACUUGCAAAGAGGCAUAAGUUUUGGGAAACCCAGCCUGUAGGACAGUUCAAUGAACUCGGUGAUACGAGCCUGCCUGAAGGUCCGAUUGAGCAGCCAACGCCACUUUCCGAGGUCAAGCAGGAGCCCUACAACCUCCCAUCUCCUUACGAGUGGAUAACGUGUGAUAUAGACUCAGAAGAGGUUUGUGCUGAGGUAUACAAUUUGCUGACCAACAAUUAUGUUGAGGAUGACGAGAACAUGUUCAGGUUCAAUUACUCAAAAGAGUUUCUCCGGUGGGCACUCCGCCCUCCUGGUUAUUUCAGGAGCUGGCACAUAGGGGUUAGGGUGAAGAGUUCGAAAAAGUUGGUUGCAUUCAUCACUGGCAUCCCUGCAAGAAUCCGGGUUCGUGACACUGUUGUGUUGAUGGCGGAAGUAAACUUCCUGUGUGUUCUCAAGAAGCUCCGAUCAAAGAGGCUUGCUCCGGUCAUGAUCAAAGAGGUUACCCGGAGGGUCCAUCUCGAGAAUAUCUGGCAAGCGGCUUAUACUGCUGGUGUUGUCCUUCCUACGCCCGUCACAACUUGUCAGUAUUGGCAUAGAUCUUUGAACCCAAAGAAGCUCAUUGAUGUUGGGUUUUCUAGGCUUGGCGCGAGGAUGACAAUGAGUCGCACAAUCAAGCUGUACAAGCUAUCAGAUCAGACGGCCACACCCGGUUUCAGGAAAAUGGAGCCUCACGACGUCCCUGCAGUCACUCGUCUGCUUAGGAACUAUCUGCAGCAGUUUGCUGUCGCGCCAGACUUUGGUGUGGAUGACGUAGAACACUGGCUGCUUCCAAAGGAGGAUGUUGUGGAAAGCUAUCUGGUCGAAAGCCCCGAAACUCAUGAGAUUACUGACUUCUGCAGUUUUUACAGUCUCCAUUCUUCCAUACUAGGCAGCCAGAACCAUUCUGUUUUGAAGGCUGCGUAUUCUUAUUACAAUGUUUCGACCAAGACUCCGUUGCUUCAGUUAAUGAGUGAUGCCCUCAUUGUUGCCAAGAAGAAGGACUUUGAUGUGUUCAACGCGCUGGAUGUCAUGCACAACGAGACCUUCUUGAAAGAACUGAAAUUCGGGCCGGGCGAUGGCAAGCUUCACUACUACCUCUACAACUAUCGGCUAAAGCAUGUUUUGAGAUCGUCGGAGCUAGGCCUUGUGCUCUUAUAGAGUCGACUUCUAUGGAUUUCCUGCCCAGUCCUGGCCUGUUCUUGAAGAGAACCCGAAAUGUGCAUCAACAAUUGAUGAUUAACAUUUGUGCUGAAUUUUGAUUUUCAUUCAUAUUUUGAACUUA